UUUACGCAUUUCAGAGAAUCCUACACCAACAAUGUUUUUUUCUUCGAUAUUUGCAGCCUCGCAUGGUUCUCCGUCGGGGUCGGUUUUGACAAAUAAACCGCGAAAGCAAGUAGCGCAGUAGAAAAUGACAACAGGACUGAGCGAUAUCCAGCUUUUGUCCGGCGCGACGAAGGCAGAUGGGCUGAAGGCCAUCGCCCAUUGCAAUGCACACGAAGACGAGCCGGUCGUCGUGUGGCGUGUGGACCCGGAGAAGUAUGACCGGCUGUGGAAGGCAGAGGCACCUCAUUGGGUGCUUUUUCCGUGCUGCACUCUGUGUCGUCUGGGUGCGUACCUCGAGAACAUACAUGAAAAGGCACAGCUGCGGCACACGCUGUACAUUCUCGGAAAGAAAAACAUCUAUAACGUCGUCCUCCCCUACGACGACGCGGCAAAGAAAGCUGGCUGCAACCGGUGUAGCUAUCGGCAGGGUGUCAUCGAGGACAAACGGACGGCCUACGAGAGCUUGCGCAACGUCUCCCCCAUCUCUAGUCGGCAGAGUCCUGCUUGGGUAGAGGAUGUGGGCAACAAGUGCCCGGAUUCGAUCGAGGCCGUCAAAAUCAGGGUUCCGCAAAAAUCACGGUUGAACUACAGCAACAAACGCCGAGGUGAUGAUUUUGGGGUUGACCCAUUUUUUGCGAUGUACGUCUCUAAUUCGGAGGAAGCUUGCACGUUGAUCAGUAACGCGGUUGACCUCGCCUAUCAACCGCCCGGAUAGAUGCAGAUGAAGUCCGCAGUAGGGAGCACGAAGGGCAAACUGCAGGAGCUCGCCGAAAUGAAGGACAUGGGCCUCAUUUCCAUCGAGGAGUUUGAAGCCAAGAAGGCCGAGCUCGUCAGCAAAAUGUGAAAUCAGGUAUUGCAGCGCUGUUGCUCCUGCGGUUGCGUAGAUCUGAGCAAGUGCAGCUGCGCCACUCCUCUACACCUCGAUGAAUGUCGUCCCAGUUCUGUAGUGAUCGGCUCUGCGGCUACGGAGGAUGCUAAGGAGGAAGACGCGGCGAAUCAGGGUCGUCGAGCGAUCAACCGCAUGUAGCCCUUGUUCAACGUGUUUGUGUCGGGAACAAGUCACGGCGAAGAAGCGGACUUCUUUUGAACUUGAAGAUUGCUUAUGCAGCUUUCGUUUAUAAAUAGUGCUUCGUAUGGAGCACUUGUCCAGUUCUCACUCGGACCGCUCGAUGAAACUAAGCGCCAGUGCGCAAAUUUAAGCAAGUGAGUCGCGCCCUCCCCGGCGGGCUUUUUGUUUCUCAUCUGGUGUCACUUUAGCUUUACAGCAAAAAAAUUAGCAGAGGAAGGAUCCACGUGCCAGCGCGGGAGUUUGGUGCGCACUCCUUCUACCUAGCGUUGCUCUGCCAGCAGUUGUAUUCGCCAACUGUGGGGCGUCGCUCGUUUACGUUUUGCGCUGUGUGAUUGAAUACGCAGUGGGUCUGGCGGUCGAGCCAUAGACAUAGUCCCAGAGCCGUCGUGGGGUCGAGUGAUCUCCUCCGCAACCAAGACCUAAAAAGCAGGGCUUAAUGCGCCGGCGCUGUUGCUGAUCAGAACGCCCGGCACUCAGGCACCAGAGUGCUACGGUGCGCGUUUUUCUGUUCUCCCCGAACGACGUCGAUUCUGGCAGGGUUUCGGAGUUCUCUAAUGCGACUCUGAGUCCGAAAAAACCAGCCUUGUGCUGAAAGUGUCCGCUCUCGAAGGAUAAGGAAGCAGCCGAGACUUUGUGCGUAUAUCUUGACUGUCCACUUUCAU